AUGUUCACAAUAGAUAUCCUAACCCAGUACUUCUGGAAGUUUGACGCCCUUGUCACGGCUCAAUUCUCCCGCAAUGCAAUCCUUUCCGCCCACACUGAUACCUUUACGGGUAAAUACAUCACAUUGGUGGUGCUCACAACCUUUACGGUAGUGCUCGUUUACCAAACUAUCUAUAGCAUCGGUCUUAGGCUAGACUGGUGGGAAUACCAUGCGAAAGAGAUCUUCAGGGAGCUUCCAGUGCACUGUGCCCAUUUGUACGUGGAUGUCAAUGUGGUACAGACGCCAUCGGACAAAGGCUUGCAAUUGGCGCUGUUGUCAAAGAACACCAAGACACCCCAAUACAAAGCGAUCUGUGCCUUCCCCCGGCCCAUCCGGUACAACAUUGAGUUUGGCCCCGAGGAUUUUGAUCUGAAGCACAACGACGACCCCGAAUUUGGAUACGGCUCCAAAUUGGACCACUUAAGAGGAAAGAUAUUGCUACUUAUCAAGGGGAUAUCAGUUAAAGAAGGCCACUUGGAAUCGUUGGAACGUGCCAGCGCCAGUAGUGUUAGGGUGUUCAAAAAUGGCAAAGAGUUUUCCGUUGAUCAGGAUGGGGAAUAUUUAUGCAUUCUCGGCAUCGAGACUGGUAACCGAAUCCUGGCAUUUAUUGAGAUUGAAGCAACGAACAGUCUUUAA